AUGGAAAUGAAUGUUUCCUUGCCAACAAACGGUCUAUCAUCACCUUAUGAAUUGCCGUUUGCUCUAUUAACAAAAAUCCCUAGUGGAAUAAAAUCAAGCGAUUAUAUUAGUGCACUCAUUCAUUUAUAUCGUGGUGAAUUAGGUCGACAAGUAGCAUAUAGAAUUCGCUUAGAUACAACAACAAACUGGGCUGUAACAACAACAGCUGGCCUCACUGUUCUGUCUUUGGGACAACAGCAAAUACCACAUUAUUUUCAUUCAUUAAUCGCAUUUUUUCUAGUUUUAUUCUGUAUGAUUGAAUCUCGACGUUACAGUUACUAUGCUGUUAUUCAAUAUAGAGUACAUCAAUUAGAAAAAGGGUUUUAUGGACAGUAUAUUCUUGGACCAGAACGCGAAGAAAAUGGUCAAAUUAAAGAUCUCCCUAGUACUCAAGAUGAACAACAACAGCAAUCUAAAAUAUUGCCAAAUCCAUCGUUGUGGAUGUGUGCAUUGCAACGAUCACUUUUGUAUCCACAUCGUAUUCAUUUUCAACAUGUAUGGAAUAGUUUUCAAAUUCGACUGAAACGUGUGUAUUAUCCAUUGUUAGUUGGAACCUAUGCUGGAUGGAUUAUUAAAUUAUUUGUUACACAGGAGGGAUUCAGCAAUAAAAGUCAUACAUAUUUGGCAAUCGGUUUUGGAUCUUUCAUGGCUCUGCUUAGUCUAUAUUUAUAUUAUAUUGGACCUUAUGUAGACGAUUAUAAACAAUUAAAACAUAUGGAAAAAAUAGAUAAAUGCUGCAGCAAGUCCUCAUUAUUGAAAAUUCUACGUGGUAAAUAUGACGGAGCAAAUAAAUUAAAACACGAAUUAGACGUAUGA